AUGACUGCGGGCCCAUCCAACGGCGAGCCUGCCGUCGGCGCUGAUGUGCCGCGCCUCAAAUCCUUUGCCACGCCCGACACCCUCGCUACGGGUGUCAUUGCCUGGGUCAAAAAGGACGGCCAGCCGCGUCGCGCCGAGAUUCUGAGCAUCAAGCAGACCAAGAGCGGCAAACAAUUCUACUGCAACUUCGACAACUUCAACAAACGUCUCGACGAAUGGGUGCCCCUGGCGCGCAUCGACCUGACCCAGGAAGUCGAGUGGCCGAACCCGGACAAAGACAAGCCCAAGGAGGGCAAUAAGAAAAAGGUACCCUCGGGCGCGAUCAAGAAGGCGGCCAUAGCCAAGAAGAAUCAAAAGCGACCUGGAAAGCGAGAGGAUUCGAUAAAAUCAGAAGUGACGACACCCCAUCCAUGGAGCGACUUUGUCGAAUCGCAGCGCAAGUCUGCAUCGGUCGGCCCAGAUGCCGAUAUGCAGGCGGUUGACAGCACCGGACCGGGCACAACCCCCGCACCGACGCCAGCAGGUGGCGAAGAUAUGGAUAUCGACGAAAAAGAAGAGGAGAAGGAGGAGUUUAGCCGCGAGGAUGAGAUUGAAAAGCUCAGAACAUCUGGCUCCAUGACGCAGAACCCGACCGAAGUCUCGCGCAUUCGAAAUAUAUCCAAAGUCCAGUUUGGAAAAUACGACCUGUUCCCCUGGUACUUUUCGCCAUAUCCAGAGUCGUUUAGUGGCGAAGAUAUUAUAUUCAUCUGCGAGUUUUGCCUGAGCUACUAUGGAGACGACUUCUCGUUCAACCGCCAUCGCCGCAAGUGCACGCUGCAGCAUCCACCUGGAAACGAAAUAUACAGAGAUGAAUACGUGUCAUUUUUCGAGAUUGAUGGCAGACGCCAACGAACAUGGUGCCGAAACCUGUGUCUAGUCUCGAAAAUGUUUUUGGAUCACAAGACGUUGUACUACGAUGUCGACCCAUUCUUGUUUUAUGUCAUGGCUGCGCGGACCGAAAAGGGCUUUCCCUUUGUCGGAUACUUUUCUAAAGAGAAGGAAAGCGCGGAUGCCUACAAUGUUGCGUGUAUUCUGACACUACCCCAAUACCAACGCAAGGGUUACGGCCGACUGCUCAUCCAGUUCUCCUAUGAGCUAUCCAAGAUUGAAGGCAAGCUGGGUUCGCCCGAGAAACCGCUCUCUGAUCUGGGACUUUUGAGCUAUCGUCAGUACUGGGCCGAAAAUAUUUUGGACUUGUUGGUCGGCGCGUGUGAGCGUGGCGAAAAGGUAACGAUUGAGGCGAUUUCAUCGGCACUAGCGAUGACGACUGUGGACGUGGAGCAUACGCUGCAGGCCAUGAAGAUGCAAGUGUACCACAAAAGCGACCACAAGAUUGUCAUUCCGGAGAAGUUGGUUCAACAACGAGAGAAGCGACUGCUCAAACCAAGACGGACGCUGGAUCCCGCCAAGGUGCAGUGGAAACCGCCCGUGUUUACAGCAUCUAGCCGCACAUGGGGAUGGUAA